AAUUAAUUUUAAUGAUUACUGGCUACACUAAGGAGAAAGAAAACACAGCUCUAGUUAAUAUAUAGCAGCGACUAGAAAAUAAAAUGAGAAAACAUGGACUAGUUACAAUAACAUAGUUUGUUUGGCUUGCCGAGCGAUUGACGUUUUGUUCUGCCAAUGGAAACACAGGAUAUACAUGGCAGGGAGGCGUCUCACCAAUGGAGUGUGAGUGGGCGGGGCUUUAUGCUCAGCUAACGUAAGCGUUGUUAGUAGGAAGAAGAAGCCGAUUCUGGAAGCCAUUACGUUGCGCACAUCAAUUGAGUAAAUCCUACUAUUUUUGCGUACAAUACGCACAAUUACCUUUCUAAAAUAGGGAUUUCUGCAAUUAUGGCAUCGCUCGCUAAAAAAAGAAAAAUGAAUUUCUCGGAGAGAGAGGUGGAAAUUAUUGUGGAAGAAAUAGAGAAACAAAAGCACACACUGGUUAACCACUACAAUGCUGGAGUCACCCACAUGGCAAAGAAUAGCGCAUGGGUGGAUAUCCUGAAAAAGGUGAACGCUGUCACCACUUGUCCUAGAGAGUUGCCUGAGGUGAAAAAGAAGUGGUCUGACUUGAAGACAGAGGUCCGGCGGAAAGUGGCCCAAGCACGGGCCGCUAUGGAGGCGACCUCCGCGGACUGCACUCCAGUUCCCGUCAUCCUCACUGCUAUGCAGCAGAGGAUAUGUAACCUCCUGGGGGAGGCCACAAUCAUCAGCUUACCUGCAGGAGACUCGGAUGCUGAGAUAACUUUACCUGUAACGGUGAACGCCGCCACCACAGUCACACUCACAGAAACUCUUCCAGCUGGCUCUGGUUCAGUUUGUGACGAAACAAAACCACUAACUGCUGAAACAACGUACCACACACUGGAAGAUGGAGGAGUAGUAGAGUACUGCACCACCACUGUAAGCGAUUCUACUCCCACAGUGGUCGCGGCUGUUGAGGCUCCGGUGGAAAUGCUUGCCUCGUCCUCUGCCUCCCCGCCUCCGCCUCAGGGUCAAGCCAAACCUCAGGAGCUAAAGAGCAGGAUUGCCCUCAACUCAGCCCGCCUCCUACAGGAGCAGAGAGUCACCAACGUCCACAUCCGACAAAUCGCCCAGCACCUGGAGGGCCAGAACGAGCUCCUGCAGAUGAUGCGGCGCUCCCAGGAGGCUCAAGCAUUUGCUCAGGAAAGGCAAGCGCAAGCUCUGGAAGGAACUCAAGCUGCCCUGCUGGCACUGGUCCAGAUGCUCAGGCCAGCACUGAAAGACCUGCGAAAGUUCCUGCAGAGUGGAAUUGAGGUUUCAAACCCUGGCAGCACUGCAGCAGGAGGGACGCCUGAUGCAGCAGGAACAGAAGAACAGAACAGGCCCAAAACCCCACCACCCCCUCCACAGCAAACUGAAGAGACCCAAUAGACACUCAAUGUGUGUGUGUAUGUGUGUGUAGGUAUGUAUGUGUAUGUGGUUGAGUGGCUGAGGAGUCCAUCUGCACAGGCUUCAGCAAACCAUGAAAAAGAUAUCAAGAGUUGCCUUAGGAAAAGCAUGUACAUAAUAUGUUUUUAUUAUUUCAAAAAAUUGUCACUGAAAUGUGGAAGAUGCUAUUUUUGCUUUUUAUCCUUUGUCAUCAAUUGACAUUAAGGUUAACAUUUUGGAUUUGACAUUAAAAUUAAGUUUUUAAUGUUGGCACUAGAGGAUAAGCUGAAGAAUGCAGUCAGUCUGGGUCUUUUGUUCGUAUGCACUGUAUUCAGAAAGUUAUUCGAAAGUGAAUAAAAUUUACUGAAAAUUCAUUAGAUGGUUUUAUACCAAGAGGUUGGUGCUAUUCCUCUAAUCAACCACAAGGGGUCAAUGUCUGCACAGUAUAGUCACUGAGCCACAGUUUGUGUAUUGUGUAAAUGAAAAUACAGAAGAAGCAAAA